AUGUCUAGCCGCUUCGUAUCGGCUGGCAAGAUCGGCUCAUCUGGAGAGAUCUCGAAAGACGCGAGUGGUGCAGAAUCGACACCUCAACAGCCGCUUCACAAUUCCGCCAAAUCCAAAGAAUGGGAAGCGGUUGAGCAACAGUUGGAAGCCGAAAGAAAGAAGCGCGAGGAACAGCGCAUUAAGGCUGCUACAGGAGAAGGCGAGAAGACCUUGUAUGACGUCCUCCAGGCAAACAAAGCGGCAAAACAGGCCGAAUUCGAAGAGCAGACCAAACUACGUAACCAGUUUCGUGCAUUGGAUGAUGAUGAGAUAGAGUUCUUGGAUGAGAUACGCGCCAACAAGCGUGCAGAAGAGGAACGCGUGAGACGAGAGACGGAAGAAGGUCUAAAGGCAUUCCGAGAGCGACAAAAGGGUGAUGCUGCACAGGGCGAAAACGUUGGUGCUAAAGAAGAAGGCGAGUCAUGGGAGAUUGGUCGUAAGAGGAAACGCACGAAAGAGAAAGAUGUCAAGGGCUUGAGGCGAAAAGUCAGCGCAGCGGAGGAGAAAGAAACCGGGAAGCAAGAUACAAAGCCAGUCGAAGGCACGAGCUAUGAUACGUUAGAUGACAAGUCCAGGACGACAAGUCAGUCAGCUGCUAAGCCACCAGAGAAGAAGGGGCUAGUAUUGGUGGGCUAUGGGAGCAAUUCAGAUGAUGACGAUUGA